CCUGCUUGGGUAGAGGGUGCCGCUUAAACUUGAGCGGGUUCAGGAGGGGUCGCCGGGGAGUCGGUGCUGCUCUCAGAUAGGAAGCCACGGGCUUAAACAUCAAUUGUGGUGUUUGGGGUGGGGAUCCCGUUGGACAUCCUGGGGAAGGGACUGGCACCUCCCAGGAUGAAGGUGGGGGUUUGCUUGGGAAGCAAGGAAGGAAACUCAGUUUUGCAGCUUAUUUUAAAGUAUAAGGUCUCUUUCUUUUCCACUCCCCAAACUUAAUAGGAAAAGGAGAAAGGAUGUGUGGCCCUUUUGCUCCUCCAUUAAAAAUGGAGGAGUGGCCGGAUUAAAAGGGUUUGGGGACAUUUAUCCAAAAGUCUAGGACUAAGGAGUAGUGGCAAGUAUUUCACAGGACCCAGAAGACUCCUGCGCUUCUUUGUGGCCACCUUUAUGACUUACCUUCCAAGUGAAAAGAAGAGCAGGUAUCGGUUCCAUCCCAGUUUACAAAUGGACAAAGGGAUGGGGCCUCUUGGUUGAGGUCACAUAGUACUUGGUGAGACAGAGGCGCUUCCUAUAAAAAAUCUGUGGUUGUUUAGGAAGGAGAGCUUUUUGAGUUCUCAUCUCAUCUGGCAUCAAGGGCUCAAGAAUGAGUAAGAAAGGAUGGGAGGUCCGGGGCUUCAGUCUACUUUUAUCACUUGAUUUGUUUUUUUAACCUGUCUCUUGAAGUAGUUUAGAUGGGAGAGAAAAUGGGGGGCUAAAGUCUUGAAUUGCCACCUUGAAUAGUUACGACACUGGAAGGCUUUACAGUGAAUCUACUUUGUAAACAGCAAAACAUUGGGUUCUCCUCAGCUGGAGAUCCUGUUGCUAGUACAGGUGAAGAAAGUAAAGGAUAUGUGACUGAUUCAGUGCUCAGUGGGUUAUGUAACUGAGAGGGCUACUGACUCUGUCCUUAUAUGGAUGACACACAGACCCAUCUCCUGGAUCAUAGAGCUAAAAUUAAGAACUUCCUACUUUCCUUCCAAGGGCAGAACUGAACUUUAUUUCCUCCUGAGAAGUUGUAUCUAUGGGGAAGAAGUUGAUGGAGAAGAGUAGGUGCUGAAAAUUAUUAGUUGGAAUCUAGGUUUUUUGUUUUGUUCCAGUGUUUUUUUUAUGGAAAGUUACACCUGAAACUUUCUUACUGUAUUGUCUUCUAAAUUUAGACUUAAGUAUAUAGCAUCUUGGAGGUCCUAGGUUUUUUGUUGUUGUUGUUGUUUUUUAACACAACUUAUAACUAUCUGUUUCUAAGGUAAAAUAGCCCCAAAGGAAAGGAGAGGAUCUUCAGCAUGGAGGUGGCAUGGUGCAGGGCCCUAGAGCAAGAAAAUGGGAUGACCAUUUAGUUAUAUGCUAUAUAUACCUUUCAAUGCACAGGAGCUGUAUGUGCUUCUGUGAGUGUGUGGAUGACUAGGAUUUCUUUGUCAUCAUCUUUCCUACGGGUUAUUUCUGUGAAAAAAAAAAAAACAGUUUAGAAUAUUUAACUCUGCUCCUGAGUGCAAAUACCUGAAAAGAAAAGAAAACAAAAAUUUAAUCCGAGGAGGUUAACUGUUCAUAGAAAGUCUGCCUGCUCUUUUUGGUCAUGCCAUUUUCCUACAUCUGGGAUGUUACAUGUUGGUUGUGAUAGAAUUGGAAUUUCCUAACUUUUUGUUCAGGAUCCCUUUGAGGUGGUAGCUGCAUCAGAGGAAAAAUUAGAUUAACAAGAAUGCUGUUUGAGAUGGUAUUAAAAUCACAAAAACUUGGUUUUACUCGACAGUGUAAUCCAAUUUUGUUAUAUACCAUGCAGCUAUGUCUCUGCGUGCAAUGUCUGUCUGCAGAGAGACCUUGUGGGAUAUUGGAAAGAAUCAGAGAAGCUGUUUGCUCUGCUAAUUUCGUGGUGUAAAUGAGUUUCCUUUCUUUUGAAACGUUAACCUUGUGUUAGCAAAACAUAAAAUAGAAGGAAACUCAUUACACACUCUUCUAAUGGUAAGGCAGAACUAAUCAGAGAAUGUGUUUAAAAUUAAUUGUGGGACUAUAAAAAUGGGGAGGGGGAGAGAGAGAGCUUAGAGGUAGUCUUGUUUUCCUGGGAGCCAGCCCAGAUCAUUUGUUGGCAGUACAUAUUGGCUGAAGUCAGUUUUUUUUCCAAGGUAAAUUGGAAAGGGAAAUUAAACCUUAUUGUUCUGCUCUUGAGAGAGGAGACGGAGGUGGAGGCGGCAGCCAGGGUGGAUGUUGUUGGAGUGGUUCUAGGAGUAACAAGAUUAGUGCUGUAUUUUAACAGAAGGUGACAUCAUGGGCCCCUUUGGACUUGCGUAACCCUGCGUUGCAGCCUUCAUGGUCCCCUUGUUGGGGUGGGCCAUGUUGCUGCACGUGUAAACUGCCACAUUGGGGAAAUCAGGGGUGUAGGCUUUAAUGAAUCUUUACAAAGGAGCAGAAAGCAUCCUGAAUCGACCUGUGCAGCUGUGGAGUGCUUGGACAGAGAUGUUUUCUUCCAAUGGGCUUUUGGUGUAAGAUGUCGGAGAACCAAGAGCAGGAGGAGGUGAUCACUGUGCGUGUUCAGGAACCCCGUGUGCAGAAUGAGGGCUCCUGGAAUUCUUAUGUGGAUUAUAAGAUAUUCCUCCAUACUAACAGCAAGGCCUUUACUGCCAAGACGUCCUGUGUUCGGCGCCGUUACCGUGAGUUCGUGUGGUUGAGAAAGCAGCUACAGAGAAAUGCUGGUUUAGUGCCUGUACCUGAACUUCCUGGGAAAUCGACCUUCUUUGGCAGCUCGGAUGAGUUCAUUGAGAAGCGACGACAAGGUCUGCAGCACUUUCUUGAAAAGGUUUUGCAGAGUGUGGUACUCCUGUCAGACAGCCAAUUGCACCUCUUCCUGCAAAGCCAGCUCUCUGUGCCCGAGAUAGAGGCCUGUGUCCAGGGCCGAAGCCCUAUGACUGUUUCGGACGCCAUUCUUCACUAUGCUAUGUCAAACUGUGGCUGGGUCCAGGAAGAGCGGCAGGGCUCCUCUCACCUGGCUAAAGGAGACCAGUCAAGGAGUUGCUGCUUUCUUCCAAGACCUGGUAGGAGGAAGUCUCCCUCACCACCUCCUAGUGAAGAAAAGGACCAUUUAGCAGUGUGGGCUCCUGUAGUGGACUGUGAGGCUCCUUCCUUGGAAAGUCCUGCUCUCCCAUCCCUCUCCUCAUUGUCAUGCUGUGAUUUUGCAAGACCUGAUGAGGAAACCUCUGCUCUUCAGCCUGUGAGAAGGGCCACGGGAGGGGACAACUCAGCCCCUUUGUCUCAUGCUGUGCCUUUGGACCCUGGUCACUUAGAAACAGUCUUGGAAAAGUGAGCACUGGUCCAAGCUCUGGAUUCUGCUCCAAGGCAGAUGGAGAAGAAUGCAGUAAGGAGAAUUGCUUGGGAGGGUUGGAGCAUAGAGCUGGGAUCUCCGAAGGUUGAGCUUAGUCACCAACUUUGCCUCUGUUUGGUUUGGUUACACAGAGGUCUGUUGUGACAAGUCCUCAUGAUUCCUUCAUAGGAAUCAACACUGUACAGAUGUUUGUAAGUUAAGAAUCUGGCUCAGGGGCUGUUGAUUUUUAACAGAACCUCAUAUUUACUCUCCUGGAAGCUGAGUUUCUUCAGAUGUGUGUUUAUAGAUCUAGGAGCCCCAUCUCAGGUGACUGGUUUUGGGUACCUGUAAGUGGCAGACUCUAAGCUGCCAUAUUGAAUAUUGUCCCAACGGGGAUGCUUAUGUAGUUUUAUACCCAUCUUGGUGGGUUCUGUUUUUGCUGCAGCCCCUGGUGCACUUUGUUUCUGGGAGGCUGACCUCUUGGCUACUCCUUGAGUGGACAAGACGGUGAAUAAUUUACUCUCCCACCUCCUUGUUUUUUCCUUCACUAAAAACGACGCUUGGAACUGCUGUGACUCCUGUAGCUGGAGUUUCCAGUAGAUCCCAAGGCCCCAGCCUGGCUUGGGCCUGGGACCCAUGAAACAGCUCAUGUCCAACCAUAAAAGAGAGGUGGUGGGUAACAGUCGGGGGAAAGACAGCAGCUCCACUGGACCCAAGAAUCUUUGUGGCUUUGGAAAAAGCUGUUCUGGGCUGUUAACCAUUGCUUCUAGUUAUAAAGCAGAGACUGGCCCUCUUGUCUACAGGAUUAGAGUGAGCUCCUUUCUUUUUUUAAUCCUUUUUUUCUCCCUUAUGACAGCUCCCUGCCCUCAGCGUUUCUGCCGCCGCGGGGUCCCUCUGCCGAGUUGCAGGGAGGCUGCAUGUUCAGUCCAGUGGGGCACAGGGGCUUUGUUUUGCUCCUGUGCGAGGGCUCUGGGGAUGGAGAUGAGGAACAACACGCCUGCCUUCAGACAAUGAGGUGCUCGCCCUCCUGCUGCUGUAAUUCCUCUCCACCGAGAGCCAGAGCUGGUAGGAGACAGUGCUGCUGGUGUUCCGCGCUGCUCUGCACUCUGGUGUCUGCGUGUGGUUCUUCCCCCUCCCCCCCCCACCCCGGCCAACCCACCCUGUCUGUGGGCCCUUUAACUGCCAGUCUAGGCUGUGGGACUGUCAUGGCAUUUAGUUGAGAGUUGAGGGGCUUUGGCCUGAAAUAAAAUUCAAGUAUUUAAGACUGUUGUUCCAAUUUGUGUCUAACAAGCUGUAGCAGAGAAGGAGGGGAAUGAGGGCUGGCAGUCGUUACUUUCAUAAAUCAUGAAUUUAUCAAUGUGGAAAUAAUGGUUCAGAACCGUGCACUGCAGCUCUCCUGCAUUGUGCGUGCAACUCAAGUUCACCACUGGAGGAAGGAUUGUCUUCCAAAGAGCCAGGAUCCAGCUCUUCUCACAGUUUUGGGCAUGAACCUUGUUAGGUGUAAUUUACCUGAUGCUGCUUCCAUUCUCACAACCUGUCUGAGGUGCCAGGUGCUGAAAGAGAAAUAAAGUUUGUCAACAGGCAGAUGCAAA